CAUUGACAAGAACACCAUCGAAUCGAAACGGUCAGCGCUCACUAACCUCCGCGCAAACAGGAUUCAGCACUACGGCUGCCUCAAUAUGAUUGCACCGACGACGAUUCUCGACAAUUGGGUGACCAAGGCAACAGAUGUCUUUCGGGCAUUUAAGGAGAUCCAAGGUAACGACACAUCGACGAAAACAGUUAUAGCCCUGGGCACCUGGGGCUCCGGCAUACAAGCUACCUGGACAAGCUUCAAACAGCUUGUCGAAAAAGCCACUGAAGCAUCCUUCAAGGCGGACAUCGUCAUCUCGAUCUCGUCUACUCACAUGCUGCACAACAUAACAUCAUGCUUCGCUGUCCCUCCGGCCAUCAUCAACUCCAAUAAGGACCUGUAUCCUUCCCUGGCGAAGUACUCGGAAUUAGUCAAGGUGUCGUACCAAUACAGAAACAGCCUCAUCGAAGUCGGCCUUUCUUUAGAAUUCGCCGCCAACGCGUACGAACUCAAGAAAGAGCCGGCAAAAAUUGACGACGUCCAGUUGUACGCCGACUGCUAUACGCAUUCGAUCGCAUCAGUCUCAGCGGCGUGCAGUAAACGGACGACUUUCAACAGGGUGAUACCCCAAACAACGGUGCUUAAUAUACACGAAAAGGCCAAGAACAUCGUCUACAUGCACGAGAACAAGGAGACGUUUAUGGCCAAGGUGAACUACAUAAUGAAUAUUACAAGAUGGCCUCGCUUCGCGUUGCUCGUCUACAAUGUACACAUGGCGGAUAUUACAAAAGGGUGCGGCUACGGAGACCCGUUCUACCUGCUUGAAGAUAUGAAGAGAGCUUUGAAAAGUUGAACGGGUGGACCAACGCAGAGAUAAUAAACGCAAUUUUUUG